AUGAGUUCCAUCGUCUCAGACGGGCCCCCAACCGUGACAUCGUCCAUCGACCCGAGCCAAUCCACCAGCAGCCCAGCCGACAACUCCACCGACACUGACACCCGACCCGUCUUCCCUGGGAGCCCCAACUCUCCUCCGUUUUUCGAGACCACGGACGAUGGUGUAACCUAUACCAAUACCACGAUCGAUGAUUUCUCGCCUUUGGUUGUGUUUAGCGGGCUGGAUGGGGAGGAGGGCGGGGAUUGGGUUAGUCCGUUGACGGAUUCGGGUAUGUCGGCUGUGAGGCCUGUUCCGCAGCGUCAGUGGUACCUUGGGACGUAUAGGAGGACGGAGGUGAGGAAUGCGAAUGUUACGAUUGAGUUUUGGGGCUCUGAAAUCCACCUCUACGGUGACCGAGGUCCGGCAUAUGGCGCGUUCGCCCUCACGUUGGAUAAUGGUACACCCUCCAUUCACACUGCGUUCGACCCUGAACGUGCGGAAGGACCCGCUCACCACUUGCACUCGCUGCAGGGUUUGUCGGAGGGCAAGCAUGAAUUGGUUAUCACUAACCUCGGGACUCGCGAGGGUUUGAACGAGGGCUCGUCGUUCUUGUUCGAUUACGCCGUCGUGAGGCAGAGAGUCGGUGUCUCCGGCCGCCCGGAACCCAAGUCUUUCGAUAUCUACGCGGAUGCGUUUGAAGAUCGGUUGGAAAGGAAUGGGACGUGGGUCUUGCAUACGAUCGCCGACGACGUCCCUCCUGGCCCCGGUGGAGCCAAGCCAGAGAUCUACAUCGAGAGGGAAACGUUGUCCACCACUGAAGAAAGCGCUACUUUGACGUAUACCUUCCGAGGCACUGGUGUACAACUCUUCGGCGGGCGCAACGCUACCCACGGACGAUACCGCGCUACACUCUCCACCGUAGGAGACAACAAUACGAUCCUGCACUCCCGCGUCUACGAAGCCGCCGCGCCCUGCGAUUUCCCUGAGGCUGAAGCUGAGAACGUGAGACCGGCGUGUGAGUGGAGAGGCCGGGUUCUCAAGUUUGCGGCGGCGGAUUUGGACCCGGGGGUUGAGUAUGAGCUGCAGGUGGAGAAUGUUGGUGGGCCGGGAGGUAGGAAUAGGGUGUUUGAGUUGGACUCGAUUAGGGUUAUUGAUCUUGUUGAGGGUGGUCAACCAGGGGGAGGGGGAGGAAGUGGCAGUGGCAACGGUGGUGGGUCGGGCGGAUCGGGUGACUCCAGUGGUGGAGGAGGUAAUGGAGACGAUGAUGGAGAGACUGGUGCUGCGAGGUUGAAUGGAGUGGAUCCUCUCGUCAACUUCAUGAUCUUGUUGAUGACCUUUAUGGCCUUGUGGAAGGCGAUGAGGCGUUAA